AUGGACGAAAUCCCAUUUCCCACGUGGGUGCGGCGUUCGCCGGUCUUUGCAAUGACGCGGGUACUGGGCCAACACCUGCUGCAACAGUUGCAACCCACACGUGUAGAACCAACAGGACCAGUCAUGGUGGAAACUACAACCACAACCAUCACAACAAAAAGGGCAGUGACUGCGUCGUCGUCGCCCAUACGGCGAAAAUGCGGGGAGGUUACUCCUCUCAACACGAGGUCUCUUAGCAACCCCGAAUGCUUUUCUCCAGUAAGAUUAUUUGGCUUAGACGAGCAAAAUACAGGGGUUUUUGUAGACAAUGUUGUGCGGCUUAACGAAACAAACACAACUUCUAACGAGUUUGGGGUGCAGCAGCGCUCUUGCAACUCCACGGGGAUGCGGUUGGGCGACGUUCUGAGCCACCCGAGCGUUGCGCUACUGAUUAGUUUGUCGCAGAUCAACGAGCUCGUGUCACAAAAGGCCGGGGUGACUGUCAAGAACGCCCCAGCUUUGGUUUCCCUCAUGGCUCUUGCAGUUGAGUGGCGUUCUUUGCCUUAUGAAUACACCAAAGGGUUUUAUUCUGAGUGCGCCUCCUUUUACACGUUGUUGAUGCGUCAGCUUGGAACCGCAAAGUUUUUUCCGGGUGUUGACGUGCAGGGAUUUGUGGCGUCGCUUGUAUUUUGUGGGAUGCUGCUGCUGCGGGGCAACGGAGAGGGGCAGAAGGACGGUGAAAAGGAUGGAGAGGAGACGAAUGAUCAUGCCGGCCGCCGUGGCCACGAUACGUACAUCAGCCAGAGCAGGGGGAGAAAUAUUGGUCUGGCAGGGUUUGAUGGCUGCAUCAUCGAUUCCAUCAUCAUUUCCUGCAUUCCAUCCGAUAUUGACGAGUGCGUUGAGAACCCUAUUGCUCUUGGUGCUCUGAAUGGACUCGCCCACACAACGAAAAGUGAACCUAUUUGUCUGAGCUCGCAGCUGCUGAAUCAUUUACAAAAUUUGACAGACGCCUUUACAAAUUCAUCCAGGCGAAGGGAACCGUUGCACAAACGGCUUCUUUGUUACCUCAUGGAGGCGAUUUGCUGCGCUCGAGGUGUAAAUUACACGCGCAUGCGCAAUUGGCUUCGAGCCGUGCUCCAACCGGAUUACGUAUUACGAGGCCUCAUGCAGAAAGAAGACCUGCAUGCGCGCGUGGUCGCCGCGAUGCUGACGCUCCUGACGGUGUGGAUUCAAGACGCCGUAACAACAUGUACGGUAAAAUACAAAGGUGCGGGUGAUGCUCAAGACGACAUCUCUUCAUUUUUCUCCCGCGAAGAAUGCACAGAGGCUGAUGCACUUCUAGGGAGUGUUUGGUCUGCCCUCCAAGAGGCUGCGAGCCGAUGGGAGGAUCUUCGAAAGACAAACGUCAAACUCUACGGUGAUAACGUGCGCAUUGUCGUGAAAAAUUUAUUACAGGCAGAGUUGGUGCGUGCGCAGUGUUACAGAACCAUUAGUGGCAUGUAUCAAGAGCAACAAGUGCAGCAGGGGGAUAAUACCUGGACAGGAAGUUAUUUGCCUUCAGCCGAGGAGGAAGAUCUCCGCCUCCGUGUGAUUGGAAACAUCGUUAAAUUUCUUAUCCUUCCGACGAGCAUAUUUAGUUUCAUAACGGCGAAGGCGUCAGCGGCCCGACUUCGACAGGACAUCGCCGAGCAAUGCGUCAAAGUCAUUGCGUUGACCACUUCUGCAGAGGGCAAAGCUAUAUCUCUUUGGAAAAACGUCCCCAUACCCUCUGCUGUGACGAAGGCACGGUAUUCACACAACUACCACAUCAAUAUUGAUGGCAUCGUCCGCGAGUUGAUCCACCGCGUACUGGAGGUUGGAACUUUGGGGACCUUUCAAGCCACGCCUCUGGAUGAAGAAGGGGAUGAGGGUCGCAUGGCGGCAUUAUGUCUUCAGGGACUUUGUGCCACAAAUUCCCAUGUGCGGUCCUUUGCGGUGACGGAGGUGUUAGAUUCCGUUGUGCGUCUCUCAACGGUGCUCCAGUCUGUUGAUGCCGAAAGUAACAGCAAGGAUAAAAACGCAUUGAUUUCGUCAAGCCGAGCUGCUCCGCGUUUGGCAGUGUGCUUUGAGAUGAUGAAUCGUCUGCUUGUGUCGCGGCACCUUUCCAUUUUGAAGCCGCUCACUUGUGAUGCCUUGUUGCGCUUUGGAAAAGUUUUUUGGGACACGUUCGAGGACACCCUGCGAGUUCAUGUGCGCUCUGGGGAUCUCGCCGACCCCACGAUAAAGUUUCCCAGUACCACGCUGCUGAUGGUUUUGGAGUCCUUCUGGGGACUUGUGCAGCGUUGUCACGAACGCAUUCGCGUCAUGACACGGGAGGGCCUUCGUCUUGUCGCUUCUGGGGAUGGAGAGGCAAAGGCACGCCUGGUUGAGGCGUUUAACGCGGAGAGUCGUGUCCUCCGUGUGCUUUUGAGGACUUUACUGCGUUGCAUGAUUAAUGUUGCGUGGCCCGGGUCUGGCAUUCUCUACGGUAAAUCCUCCGAGAGGGGCACUCAUCAUCCGGCCGUGUUUGAUGUGCAACGUAUUGCCGUUGAGGUGCUGUCACUCUUUCUCCGUCCCCUCUGCUUGCUAUGCCAGCUUUCCACACUGUUUCCCGUGACGGAUAUCCGACACCUUGUGUAUCACCAUGAGAAUGCACAAAAGCUCACGCAGUUGGAUGAAGGGGAGUCCUUCUUGUGUCACUACUGUUUUCAACCAUCUAAUAUCAACUCUUCUUUCUAUGCCGAAAAUGGGAUGGCACAGUUCCGUUCUUGUUGGCUCAUGUUAUCAUACUACCGUCUUACAAGAGAAGCACUCUUGCGGACCGAAAAGGAUGCGACGAGUACUGCCUCAGAAAAACUGCGCUGCCAGGAAAAAGGUUUAAAUUCAAUGGAUUGGACCAAAUGUAUACGAUUGCUUGCCGCGUCCAUGCCGCCCCUUAUGCAUAUGCGAUCCUCCGAUUAUCAGCAAACCAUGGCAGACAUAGAUGUUUUGAAACAUCGCUUAUUCAGCAGUGGUGAUUUAGGUGACGGUAAGUUUUAUCAGAAGGAGUUGGUGCGUUUUCUUCAACGCUACUGUCCAGAGGCUAAACAUGUAAUUAAGCGUCUUUCUUUUUCGGAGGCCUUUUUGAUAAAUGCUCUUGCGACAUUGGAGAUGCUACGUGCAUCAUGUGGCUCUAUCUCCACCAUAACGCAAUAUCAACACUAUGAACUACGGGAAUUUGAUGCCAGUAAGGAUAUUAGAAAAAUUGUGAAGCAUGUAACAAAGGCUGCCACGGCACGAUAUAUCUCUGCUCUCGGAGAAACGCUCCCGGAUUUUGCGGCGAGUAUCAUUGAUAAGAAUGCGCGGCAGCUUGUGUUGCUCUACGGAUUUGCUAUUGACUCUGUACGGAGUUCUGCAAAGGAAAUCCUUCGCAAUAUUAUUUCUAGCUUUCCCGCCUUUGCGACAAGCAGCACGGCCCUUCCUCUCUUGUGGGCGGUGAUCAAUGUGCUGGAGGUAGGGAACGCCACGGAGGUGGAACGUUUCUGUGAGCAUUUGCAGUUUCCAGAGGCGCCAGCUGUUGCCACGGAUCCUGAUUCUCUUGAACGGCGAAAUCGGCUAAGGGAUGCUGUGGCAUUUGCGGAGUAUUGGGCUCAGGCGGCGCGUAAAUUCUCGCCUUUGGCACUUGUGGAGCACGCCACCUUAUUUAUUGUGGAGGAGGAGGCCACAUCUGGGGUAAUCGGCUCUGCUGCCGGCUCGAGACUUGCCCUUCGUGCACACAACAUGGACACUGCACCAGGCCAUCUUAACCAGAAUUAUGCCCAAAUUCUCAUUAAGAGGAGCAAUGCCCAAGGGCAAGUGAUGGCAGCCUUUCGUUUGACUCCACAUUGUGG